AUGGGGAAGCUCGCCAAAUUAAAGAGGGUCCUUCUUCUGCUCCCUCUUGUCCACAUCAUCCUUGCGCAGCAUCAUGACGCACAGGUGGGAGUCGGCUCCAAAGAAGAAAAGGUGCGUUCCUCAGGGUUGCUAAGUGGUGGAGAGGGAGACGGUGCCAACGGGGGCAACUACGAAGGAAGGUGCGUCAGCCAAAAUGCUCACCCAUAUGUGUUAGCGAGGGACCCCUUUGGAGGCAUAACCCAUACGAAUUUUUUCCCCAGAAAGGUGCACUACGAUGAGAGGAACGACUCCCUUUUACUUCUCCUCAAGAGUGAAGACAGGAGACCGGGCGUGAAGGUAUAUGACCUUGGAAGACUCUCCCUUGGGGAAGACGAAACUAGAGGCAAGUACAACCCAAGUGGUGCAAUAAAAAUGGUAACAAAUCACCUGCAUGGUCAGGCAAAAAUUUGGAAAAAUGAUCUAUCCAUCAUUGCGCAUGAAUUGUUCGGAGUAUCCCCUCUGGAAAAGUUCCCCGCGAAGAGGGCGGCCAGACAUUUGGCAGAAGACGAUGAUAACGACGAUAACGACGAUGAUGAUGAGGACGACGACGGGGAAGAGGAGCAGCAGCAGGGGGAAGAAGAAGAAGAGCAGGAUGAUCACUACAACGAGGAGGAGGAGGAAGAUGAUGAUGGGGAGGAGGAGGACCCUGUAUAUCAGUGGAAGUGGUCCCCCAAGGGAAAAAACACAAAAUACCAAAUCAAAGGAAUGGAUUCAGAAGAGGACGAGGAGGACGAAGAGGAGGAAGAGGAAGAUGAGGAUGAAGAUUUUUCAUUUCCGUUUGAGGAUGCAGAAUUUACGGGUGGGACCUUUGACGAAGUGAGCGACGAUGUCCAAACGACAAUAAAAAGGGAUGGAAAAAAAGUAGAAGACAGUGAUCCCAUAGUUGAAACCACUGCAUCUAGCAACACGAAUAAAGAGUACGUGUGCGAUUUUGACAAAACCAUAUCUCUGAAGGAGAAGCAAGGCAAGGUAGUGAUCUGCGAAAUGCAAAUUCAAGAACCCCUCGUCAAGGUCAAGAUUGUGUGUCCAACGAAAUAUGCUGACAUAGAUAAUCCUGAUUCCGUAGGUUUAAUACCCAAGAAAGCUCCAUAUGUUACUUUGGUGAAUGAAAAGGAAGAUUCUAAAACUGAUGUAGAUUUGUUGAAGGAGAAAAAGCUAGCUUCCCUAAUUCAUGGGGUUCUAAUAGAUCCCAAAAAGAAUGAAAAGGUAGCCGAUGCAGAAAAGCAAGUCAUUGAAUUCAUCCUACCUCCUGUAGUGAAAGAAAAGAAAAAAAUAUAUUACAUCUGUGAUAGUAACAAGGCAAGUGUUGAUGAUACGAGUAUCAGUGGGGGGAGGGGAGUCGUUUCUAUUUCGGUUGAACCGUAUGGUAAAACUGUUAAGGGAUGCAACUACGGUGGAAAGGAGAAAAACUUUUUCACGUACGAUUAUGAGGAAGAUAAAGACAUGAAACAUCCAUGUGUGUUUCAACUAAACGCUGGGGAGAUAGGAGGUAUCAUGUUUCCUGAGGGAACAGAAGCGACUACUUGUUUUGACCAAAUGAUUCCUCACUCUGCAAAUAAAGUGUGGGACAAGGAAAAAAAAGAUUUGAAAGAAAUUGUAAACGGGGCAGUCAUAUACAAUAAUGAAUUCAAGGCCAAGUAUUUCAGCGUCAAGUACUUUAGUAUUCCACAGAGCUUCCAAGAGGUCACACACUUAUUUUGCCAUAUCCAUUUAAAAGAUGAAGGUAAAAAACAUAUGGUUUACAUUAGCAUCAAUCAGGAGUUGAACCUGUCCGUGUUUGACCUAUAUGAUUCAUUUUCUAAUGUGAAUAAAGUAAUACAAAUAGCUAAACAAACAGAGGAGAAGAAAGAGUACACGUGUGAUUUUACAGACCAGCUAGACAAGCAAGAAGAUUCAGCUGAAAAAAAAGUGAUCAUAUGUAGAAAAAGGCUAACUGAAUUUGAUACCUUUAAUAUGAAGUGUGGAAUCAAUAAGACUAAAUAUGAGCAUCUAGAAAUGAUUCCAAAAACGCUAAAGGAAGAAAAGACGAAAAAAAAAAAUGUUCUAAAAGUACAACUAGAUGUACAAUACGAAUUAUUUAAAAAAUAUUUUCAAUUUCAUGAGAAGAAUGGAAAGUACCUCCCUAAUUAUCCUUCGUUCCUAACUUUUCCUCUAAACCGAGUAGCCAAAUUAGAAUUGAAAAAUAAUUCCAUUUUCAAAAAUCACAAAGACUCUUCCUACUUUGAUGAAGUUACGACCUCAUCUGAGGCGCUGGUCAAAUUGCUCUCCUACUUGGAUGCACAAGACACCGUUGUGUUAAAUGAACAAAUUGCUAACCUACAGAUAAGUGAUGACCAAUCUACAGCAGACAUUUUAGAUGUAAAAUUUCAAAUACCUGCCUACAUUGAUACAAAUGAACCUUUAUAUUUCCUCAUGGGAUGUAAUAACACCAAGGAUGGAGGAAAUUUAGGAAUCGUGGAGUUGGUCUUGGCCAAGAGCGAACACAUUGUUAAGGGAUGCAACUUUUCAGAUGUUGAAAUGAAGCAUUUCACAAACAACGUGGGGUCUACGGGUGACAAGUGUAAUAUUGUAGCUUACCCAAAUGAUAUAGUUGGGUUCAACUGUUCCAAGACACACGUGUCAGGGUCAGACGAGGCGGAAGGCGCUGAUGAAACUAACGUGGUUAUUGAACCGGAAGGAUGCUUCACACAAGUUUAUAAGAGUGAUAUGGAAAAGACAGAAAUUGUUAGCAUCCUCCCAGGAGUUUUACUCUACUCAAGUGGGAAAAAAAAAAAUAUGGCGUUUAUAAAAAUACCCUCAGUUUUACUUACAUCUGAUAUUAAGUUUUCCUGCAAAUGCAAAUUAGAAUCUGUGGAAAACGAAAUUGAGGUGAAUGUUCUUCAGACAAGAGCAAAGGACAAUGUAAGUAUCGUGGAGGUGAAGAAAGAAGCAACGACCAGUGGAGAAGAAAAGGAUCAGUGGGGUGAUGGAAAAGUAUACAAAUGUCCAAAUAAAACUCUCAUUGAACCCAAAUUGGAAAAGCUAGAUGAUCGAUAUGAGCAGAAUACAUGUCAGGUAGAUGUGAAAGAAAUGCACAGCUAUGUUGAGAUUUUCUGCCCCUCUAAAGAUUUCUCCAUUCAUCAUAAUAUUAACAUGUCCUACACAACGGUGAAGCCAAACAAAGAAGACACUUCAAAACCAUUUAACCAAGAGGCGCUGCACGGACUGAUCCCCCACGCAGAAAUGUUACACAAGACGAGAAACAUCCUCGUCCUACAGAGUAGUACAAAUGAAAAGGAAAAUGUAGACCUGUCUCACAUUUAUUUAUUUUUUCCAUACUAUAUUAAAAGUGAACACGAGUUCAAUAUAGUCUGUGAUAAUAGUGACACACUUUUUGAAGAGAAGAAGGGAGGCUUAUUAACAUAUAAGAUUAAGGUUCCUAAGAGGAGUAAAAAAAUUAAAGGUUGUGAUUUCACUUCACCCAAAUCAGACAUAUUCCAAAACGAUGCUACAGGAAAUAAUUGCUCGGUAGAUGCAAUGCCGAAAGAUGUAAUUGGGUUCACGUGUCCCCCGAACACAAUUAAAAUAACUAGCUGCUUCAAAGAUGCAGUGGUCGAUAAUAACCUGACAAACAUUUUAGAAACUCUUGAGCUGACUGAUAAUAUGGCUAGCUACACACACAGUCACAAAUUGAAUUAUAUUGAAAUACCAAGUGUUGUGAGCAAAGAUCUGUCGUUCAAAUGUAUGUGUGUACUUUUGAAGAAGGAGUACACGUUGACGUCUCCGCCGAGUGCAAAGCUAUUGGAUACCAUUUAUGAAAAGCUAAACAUAAAGAAAGGCGAUGGGUAUAACAAGGUAUAUACAAAGAAUAAAUUCCUAAUGAGUAGUCUACACCCAUACUUGUCUCACAAGAAAAACAAAGUGAUUAGUAUUUUCCACAAGAUUGAUGAGAAGAACCCUUCUGAGGAAGAUCAGAACCCAGAAGAAAUAAUUAAGCAGGUAGCUGAUGCAGAAACGUAUGAUGAUGCAGUGGGUUCUACUACUUAUACCCUUUCACAAAUAAAAGACAACUACAUAUCUGGGGAAGAGUACUCUGUGUACACUAAUGUAAAUGAUAACGCUUUGGAAGAAACAAUAAUGCAGGAUAUAUCGUCGCUGAGCGAAUCUGAUUUUACGCUAUACACACUGAAGGUUAAUUUGAAGGCACCCAAACUGCUGAAGCCGAGGAAGAUCAGCGACAACGAGUAUGUGUGUGAUUUUUCAAGAAGGAGUUUGAUCGUACCGGAACCUUUAACUGAGGUGUCCCCACCCGACAUUCACUGCCACAGUGUGCUCAAGCCACUAGACACAUUGUAUGUGAAGUGCCCAACGGAGAAAGCAAUAUACGCCAUUGCUAAGACAAAAACAGGAGAAGCAGAUGAAGAGGAAGAGAAGGGAAUCAUUUCCAUCCUCGACGAUACUGUGAGAGAAGCUGAGGACCUCACUUCCUCCCCCCUGGACGAUGCCUCUUUUGUUAAAUACUUCUCAAACAUUAGUAUGCAUCCAGUUGGGUUUUUUAAGAAGAUUUUAAAUGAAGAUGGAGACAAGGAAGAAGAUUUAGAUCGAGUUUUACCUGGUGCAGCUUACACUUCUAUGAAGGUGUUGAUGAAAAAGAACCCCUUCACUUCCUACGCUGCUAUCAUUGUACCACCUACCAUAUCUCGUAACACAUUCUUUAAGGUGCAGUGCAACAAUAAUGAAUAUAAAGAGGGAAACAAGCAUGGCGGCUACAAAGGAAUCAUUCACGUAGAUAUUGCUAGAACUGAGAAAAAAACUUUAGGUUGUGAUUUCACUUCUCCAAGUAGCAGUAUUUUGACCAAGGGAGUUUUUCUUCCUAAUAAUAAAGAAACAGAGUGUGAAGUGGAGAUUACAAAAAAUGACAUUUUCGGAAUUAGAUGCAGUGAUGAUUCUACUUUUGAGCCAGCCAAAUGCUUUGAACAAAUUCAUAAUAAAAAAAAAGAGACUAAAGAGAUUAAAGAACUCAUUCCAAAUGUUAAGGUAUUUACAUUACCUAACUCAAAGACAAAAGUUUCUUAUGGAAAAAUCCCAUUGGACCAUGUGAAUAAGAUAAAUUUUUCUUGCUCUUGUACAAAACCUGAUGGUAAAACUAAAGGAACUAUGAAGGUGGUGGUGAACAAGGAUGAAAUGUCAUUGGAGGAUAUGAAACUUGUAGAUGCAGUGAAACAUGACAAGGUAAACUUUUGUAACUUCUUCGAUGAUGAAGCGCUCAAUUUUAAACAGAACCCAGAAAAAAUUGUUCAAUGUAAAGUAGAUGCAGAUUUGUUUUCCGAGGUGGUUGUGAUUCUGCCCCAGAUGGGAAGUACCAGCGACGAAGCGGAUUACAAAAAUUAUUCUAUUACCCCAUCCCUAGAUGAAGAGGAAGACAUGAAAGUCAUCAUCGAUGAGAAAACUCAAGUGUCUCUAUCCACUGCUCUGAAGGGAGUGUACGGGAAUAGAAUCUUUUCAUUCGAGAAAAACUCGAAAAAGGGAAUCGGGUUCAGCUUCUUUAUCCCUCCUACCUUUGAAAAUAAAAAUUUCAAAUUUGUCAUUAACGAGACGGAGGUACCUGGCACCAGUAGCACACAGAAAGGAAUCAUCUUUAUCGUCGUUAGGAAAAAUAUGGAGCCUGGUUCUGCGAAGAUAUGUGAUUUUACAUCUAGUGAAAACUCUCUAGCUGAGUUAGACCACACCAAUAAUGAAAAGGUAUGCAGUGUGAAGAUAGCCAAAGGAGAUGUAUUCGGAAUUACGUGUCCUAAGGGGUUCUACCUGUACCCAGAGGCUUGCUUCUCGAACGUUACUCUGGACUAUUACAAAGGGGAGCUUCACAUGGGAGACGAGGACGCAGAAGGACAUGAUCAUGAAGAUAUAAACUUUGCUGAGAGGACAAAAAGUAAUAUGCCCAUAAAAGAUUUGCUACAUCUAAUUGGGGAGGAUGAUACAGAAAUGGCUGACUUGCAGAAAUUUUCAGAAUUUUCAAAUAUCACUGAAAUGCUUAAUUUUGAGACAUUCCAUUUGGGUUCUAUGCAUUUAGAUUUUAAAAAAAACUACACCUCUUCCUAUGCCAAGGUCCCACACAAAUUUAGAAGCGCCAUUAAAUUUUCAUGCAGUUGUUACAAUCCUCAGAAGAAGGUAUUUGGCACCAUGGAUGUUGAAACGGAAUAUGCAUCUUCUGAUGAGGAGCCUCAAAUGCAGGAAGACCCGUUUGUACGAAAUAAGCUUCUCCCCUUGAGAAGUAAAAUUAGUGUAGAUGCAGAUGAAGUAGAACCCAUGGUGGAGGUGGAUACUAUUGACGAUGCAGAGGUGGUAGGGUCAGACGGAUGUAGAGAAGAUGAAGAUGGAUCAUGUAGUAAUAUGCUCUCACAAGGAAUCAGCUACACAUGUGACUUCUCUCAAGAAUCACUCUUCACCCUCAUCGAGGGAAAGGUCCAAAGGAAUACAUGCACAGUAGAUGCAAGAGCGUUAGAUGUGGUUACUAUAAAAUGUCCAGCUAUACCUGACCACGUGCAUAAGGAAAAUACAAUGACUGAAAUGAAAGAGACGGAAAAGGUAAUCAUCACGAUAAAUGACAAACAGUUUGUGACCUACCAAGAGGAGAAGACAAAGAAUAAAACAUUUUCCUUAAAAGAAAUUUAUGACCAGGCGUACUACGGUAUGAGUAGUGAAGAAGCGAUAGGUAUGAGAAAGUUAGAUGCAGGAUGGGAUAAACAUGAGGUGUAUUAUCCAAAACGGGUUCUAGACCAUGUAGUGGUAGCAAGUAAGAUAACCAAAUUGGAACAUGCAUUACCAGGAGUGGUAUAUUUGCAAAGUAAAGUGAAUAAUGAAUUGAAGACAACUGAAUUGAUAAGUGACGGUGUAGUCCGCUUCCUCGUACCACCAUAUGUAAAAAAUGAUUUCCAGUUCCACGUAUUCUGUGGCAAAUCCUCUGAAAAAAACCCACAAGGGAAAAAUACUUCCCUCGGAGUGAUACGUGUAAAUGUGUCCGCUUAUAAGAAAGAACUGCAGGGAUGUGAUUUUAUAAAUGAAAAGGAUGAUGAUGGCAAAUUGGUUAUAUUUACUAAUAAAAGAGAAAAAACAAAUGAAUCCAUUUGUUCAAUGUCCCUCAUCCCUAACACUGCGGUGGGUAUAAAUUGCCCAUCAGGAAAACUGCUACCAGACAACUGUUUCCAUGAGACUUACUUUGCCGCUGAAUCUGAAGCAGGAACAACAGCUAGCCAGAUGAGUAGUCUACCCAAGGAAAAAAUUACAAACAUUAUUAAAGGAGCUAUCCCUGUGUCAAAUUCUUUAAAUAAAAAAAAUACAUAUACCUAUCUCCUUCUUCCAAAGGAUAUGAAAAGUUUGGAAAAGCUGAACAAGAAUUUUUACUGCACUUGUGAUGAAGGAAUAAUAAAAAUGAGAAUAGAUGAAAUAUAUUUGAAGAGAGAAAAGGAGAACAGGAUUGUUAAUGACACUUGUUCAUAUGACAGUGUGAAAAAUGCUACAAUAUGUAACGUUGUAGAAUUCAUGGAAGGUCUUGAACAGAAAAAUAAUAAGACAAAUCAUUAUGUAGUAAAUUUGUACAGGUGGGAUAAACUGAUUAUAAAAUACCCAACCCAUGAAAAGGAGAAUUAUAAAAAAAUAUUUAUGAACCCAAUUAACCUAAAAGACAAGGUACUGUAUAAAAAGAUCCCUACACCCAUUGAGCAAAUUUUACCUGGGGCUAUUACUACUAGUAAAUUAGAUGCAAGGACAAAAAUUAUUGAACAUACCUUGAGGGUUCCUCCUUUUGUUUCAAAAGAGGUUCAUUUUGCCAUGGAGUUCAACAACUCCUUAACUUCUAAAAUGAUUAAUUAUAAUUAUGCAUAUGGAGGUAUUGUGAAAAUAUGUAUUAACGUUCGAGAAGGGUAUAGUGAAAUUAGUGGUUGUGAUUUCACUGGUAAGUACAGCCACCUCUUCAGUCAUAACUUUGAUUCGAAUUUGAAGGAAAGUAAAACUUGUUCCAUUACCUUUGGAAAUAAUAGCUAUGCUGGUUUUGCUUGUCCUAGAAAAUUUGAAGUCAUUCCGAACAACUGCUUUGCAUCUGUGUAUGACAAUAAUGAUGAUAUGAAAGUGAAGAAGUUAGUUGACUUGUCGGAGGAAGCUGAAACCGAUUUCGUUCAGUACAACGCUCGUGGGGUCAGCCUAUCUUAUGUCACCUUUAAGAAGGAUACUAAGGGCCACGUCGUCUCUUGCAAGUGCGUCUCCAAUGAAGUCACCCACACCAUCAACCUCACCUUCGAGCCUGACUCGGACAAUUCCCUCCCCAAGACCAGAAUUCGCAUAAGGUACUUUGACUUGAGCAAGGCGUCCUUCAGUUCGCACCUGCGCGGCGGCUGA